AUAAGUCAUUAGGGGAUGUUAAGAAACGUAAUCUUUUUAGGCACUGAUAUCAUGUGUUACGCAUACCGAGCUACUGUCUACUCUACCAUGCUAUGUGAAUUCAGGCAGGAUUAGACUACAGUAAAACUAAAGGUAGCUAAAUCAAGUCAUGACAGCAGCUUGUGAAGUUUUUGAUUGUUAUUCUGAGUUGGGAAGAAAAAUGCAAGCUUUCUUGGUUUGUGUUUAUGCGAUAAACGAAAUCAAUUAUUGGUUAUAUGACUCAAAGCCGAUUUCAGUGGCGUUUGUACAUUCACGUUAUAUCUUCUCUAAGAUAUCCUAUACCUUUUUUUCUCCUGAAUACUUCCAGUUCACCAUAAUUUCUUCUGUUGGUUCCACCUGUAUUCGGCUGACUGAAUGCUCUACAGUUUCCACUAACAAUUGUAUUGAGAUCCACUUAAUCAUUUUUAAUUAAGCCUUUAGGAAUAGUCAAACAUUUGGUCACCAGCACUUACUAACAUUAAAUUACCAUGAUCUUCAUUAUUUUACUGGUUAUCUGCUGAUGGUGAACACAAACGAUCAGACGAAGCUGAUUUAAAAUACGACUAUUAAUGGAGAUGACAAGCAUGCUAAGAUUUGCAUAAUAAACGAC